AUGUCUGGAAUUUUGAACGAAUUUGUCACCCCCUGCCCGUCCAGGUCGAGGUCCUCGGGCUUCGGUGAAAACAGUAGUAGCGAGUGGGACAGUUUGCUGAAUGGAGACUUGAGCUACGACCCCACCGGACAAGUCGAAUAUACCACCAAAGUAGGACCACCCACACUUACUGGGGCACGACCUCGACGCGCCCAUCGGACUGGCUCUGCUUUUCAUAUCCUUGAGGAUGUGGUGGAGAAGCCAGCUGCUCCACCCGAAAAACGAAGAAGACCAGUGACCAAGCUUCCUUCAGAUCGCAAGACUUCCUUGCUUGCUCAGCCGGCUCAGCGAUUCCGCCCGAAAGUUAACGUUGCCCCGAGUCCACCAUCCCGACUUGUGAAACAAGAAAUCGAGACACGACCGGGGCCUCGACUCGGAAUUGAGACUGUCGAAAAGACCUCGCCUAUCCCACGUUUAAGCGACAGAGGACUACGCCAGGCUAGGAACGAGGAAGGACUCAAGAAAAACCUGCGGCGCAAUACCAUGUACAUCCCACCGGAUGAUGCUACCGUGGCUAGUGUUUUCAUGGGGCUGUUCAGCCCACUGAAGAAGCUCCAAGGAGAGGAUAUGCCACAUAUUGCCGAGGAUACACAGGUCAAUACUCUCGAAGCACGAAUUGCAAAGCGCCAAGCGAGGAAAUCACUGGCAGUAUCCGCUCGCAAGGCUCCCCUGCAGCUAAGUGUGAAGAUCGCACAAGAAGUCGCAACAAGGGUCGAUGUCGCCGGUAAAAAUGGUGGCAAGGAAAACAUUCCUCCUGGCACAUUUGACGACACCGGAAAGAAGAGCGUCGUGAACUCUCUUCCACCAUCGAAACCCAAGCGGGUCAGUACUGUACCGACCGCUAAGCCCGUUCGUCGCAACACUGCAAACCAAGCACCAAAGCCAAAGACAGUAGAGCCUGUUGCGGUAUCGCAAAAGAAAGAACAAGCGAAGCGUGGAGUGCUGGGAGAAAAGCAGCACAAUGCGAGACCCCAGCCGUCUCGCGUCAUUCCAGAAAAAGGCGUCCUUCAUGAACCAAAAGUUUCAUUCAAAGCCUCGGCGUCCCUCAAUGCUAGGGCGUCUGCCUUGUCGGAUCGCCUUGGAUAUUCGACAAAUCGCUCGUCGAUAAUUGGCAACAUAUCGAAGUUGAAGCACGAGUUUCCCAUGCUCACUGACAACAUCUCGAAACCUGCGCUCUAUGAAGACCAUUGGCUUUCUCAUCAAGAAACUGUGAUCACGCAGCUGGUCAAUGCCUUGUUCGAGUGCACAAACGGUGACUUGACUACCUACGACCCAAGCGCUCUCCGCUUGGAAUUGCUUGAUCUCUAUCACGCCGAUUACUUCACCCAGCUCUAUACACGGCUGCAAGCGUCCUUGUCUUGUGGAAACUUGAGCAUUCCCAAAGACGCAUUUGCCCGCAACAGUCGUCUCAGACAUGACCUGGGUCUCCGACGCAAAUACCUUGACAUCUGGGUGCAAUCGUAUGAUCUUCGCGCUCUGACAGCAGCACUGGAGACGGUUGUUGGUCGAAAAAUCACAAGUGACGCAGGCUUAUUCGAGCCUGGUGCCGGAGUUUUCCCACAGGCCAGAGCAAAGCGCCAGAAAACGAUCAUCCGUAAAGUGGAAGGCUUUCUUGAAGCAUUUUUGCUGCGCAAUGACGACAUUGAUUUGUCUGUGUCUGGGACCAAGAGCGUUCCAGAAGAGGUGCAGGCAAGGGCUUAUCGUCGAACGGUGCUCCGGAGUAUCAUCUUGGUUGUUCUUAUGGACAAGGGAAGACAAAGCCCCGGAACCGGCUUCCCGCGUCGCCUCUUUGUGGCAUCUUCACCUCUCAGGUCCUCAAUUGAAGUACUUCAGGCAUUGACACGUGUACUGCUUCCUUUUUGCGGGGAUAUUAUGAAGACUUUGAGCCAUCUUGACUGCCACCUGUCUUACAAGCAGCAUCAACUCCAGGAGUAUAACUAUCGAAUGGACAAUAUUGCUGUGGACCUGAGAGAUGGUAUACAGCUGACCCGCGUGGUCGAGGUGCUUUUCUUCACGUCAGAGCAUGUGCGGCCCGAUGUUGAAGAUCAGACCGAAAUCACCUUGUCUACUGGAGAGGCCCUUUCGCUGCUGGGUAACGAAAGAGAUCUUCCCCUUUCCAAACACCUGAAGUAUCCUUGCACCAGCCGUGCCGCCAAAGUCUACAACGUACGUAUUGCGCUCUCUGCGUUGAGCUCUGUGCGAGGAUCGGGUACGAUUGUCCAAGACCUGCGGGCUGAAGACAUCGUAGACGGUUUUCGCGAGAAGACCAUCGCACUUCUUUGGGCUCUCGUGAGCAAAUGGGGUCUGGCUGGUCUGGUUGACUGGGACGAUGUCAGAAACGAGAUUGCUCGAUUGAAAAAGAAGGAGAUUUCCCAACUUGGCCACGAGAAUGUCCAGAAUGAGUCUCUGUGCGUAGACGACAGCGUUGUUGGUGAUGAACAUGCCCAUCUACUUCAGCAAUGGGUUUCGAUCUUGGCUACUCUGAAAGGCCUUUCUAUCAGUAACAUGACAACCAGUUUUGCGGAUGGAAAAAUUUACGAGAGUAUUGUUGAUGAAUACGAACCAUACAUCACUGGCAACCAGGAAAGUCAGGAGACAACCAUGCAGCCUGGCCCAUCGUUGGAAGGCCGCCUGCGACUGCUCGGAUGCAGCUCCCAAUUCGCUCAUCUCGUCUCACCUAAUACAACAUCUUCACACAUCCUCGACCGCGAUUUCACUCUUGGUGUACUCGCCUUCCUUUGUUCUCGAUUACUCUCGGCAUCAAAGCGUGCCCGAGCAGCUAUGGUGCUACAGCGCGCUUGGCGAGCCCGCCUCGCAAUCCAAAACGACUUGCGUCGCACCGUGGCCAAGAGUCUUGCCGCCCAUUGUGCAGCCGUCGUUCAAACACGGGACGAAAUCCUGUGGGCUAAGGGUGUUAUCACUCGUUAUUGGAGACAACACAAGGCUCGCCAGCAGCAGAAAGUCAAAGGAACACCCAUUUUCCGCAAAUUCGAUCAGCCCUAUGUGAAGACCGCUGGUCGUCGUCUUUGA